UACAAAAUAAUCCUCUGGCAUCAUAUUAUUUGGAGGGUGGAGCUGAUAAGAUUUGAGAGUUUCCGCAUCCAGGAUGGAGGAGCAGUAUGCAGAAAGUGCAACGACGAUAGCCAUGGCGGGACAAGCUGAAGAAGAAGAAGCUGAGAGAGACCCAGAGAGCAACUCUCUGCAUCAGCCUCUGCUCCUCAAGAGAAACCUAACGCUUUCCUCCAGUCCACUAGCCAUGGUUGGAGCCAAGGUUUCUCACAUAGAGAGUUUGGAUUAUGAGAUCAACGAGAAUGAUCUGUUCAAGCAUGAUUGGAGGAGCAGAUCAAGAACCCAGGUUUUGCAGUAUGUGUUCCUGAAGUGGACACUGGCAUUCCUGGUAGGACUUCUCACAGGAAUCAUAGCCACUCUCAUCAAUCUAGCUGUGGAGAACAUUGCAGGCUACAAACUUCUUGCAGUUGUUGACUACAUCGACAAGAAAAGGUACCUGAUGGGAUUUGCAUAUUUUGCUGGGGCCAAUUUUGUGCUCACAUUUGUAGCUUCCGUUCUCUGUGUGUUUUUUGCACCCACUGCUGCUGGCCCUGGAAUACCUGAAAUCAAGGCUUAUCUCAAUGGAGUGGACACUCCCAACAUGUUUGGCGCCACGACACUCAUCGUCAAGAUUGUUGGAAGCAUUGGGGCAGUUGCUGCAGGCUUGGAUCUAGGAAAAGAAGGGCCUUUAGUACACAUAGGCAGCUGCAUUGCUUCCUUAUUAGGGCAAGGGGGCCCGGAUGAUUAUCGCAUCAAAUGGCGUUGGCUGCGCUACUUCAACAAUGAUAGGGACAGGCGAGAUCUCAUUACCUGUGGGUCAUCGUCAGGGGUAUGUGCUGCUUUCCGCUCCCCAGUUGGAGGUGUGCUCUUUGCACUGGAGGAGGUGGCAACAUGGUGGAGGAGUGCUCUUCUGUGGAGAACUUUCUUCAGCACAGCAGUGGUGGUGGUGGUACUCAGGUCCUUCAUGGAGUACUGCAAGUCGAGCGACUGUGGGCUGUUUGGCAGAGGGGGGCUUAUCAUGUUUGAUGUGAGUGGGGUGAGUGUGAGUUACCAUGUAGUGGACCUCAUCCCCAUUGCAGUGAUUGGAGUCAUUGGUGGACUCUUGGGAAGCCUCUACAACCAUGUUCUCCACAAAGUCCUCAGGCUAUAUAGUCUCAUCAAUGAGAGGGGGAAAUUGCAUAAACUUCUUCUGAGUCUAAGCGUUUCGCUUUUCACCUCUAUCUGCUUAUAUGGACUUCCUUUCCUUGCGAAAUGUAAGCCUUGUAAUCCCUCACAGGAAGAGUCGUGUCCCACAACUGGAGGAACUGGGAACUUCAAGCAAUUCAACUGCCCAAAGGGGUAUUAUAAUGACCUGGCCACUCUUCUGCUAACGACGAAUGAUGAUGCUGUGCGCAACAUAUUCUCCAUAAACACUCCCACAGAGUUCAAUAUAUCAUCCCUUAUUAUCUUCUUUGUACUUUACUGCAUCCUGGGACUGAUCACUUUUGGAAUUGCUGUGCCAUCUGGUCUGUUCCUUCCAAUCAUACUCAUGGGCUCGGCUUAUGGUCGCUUACUUGGUAUUGCGAUGGGAAGAUACGCGUAUAUUGAUCAGGGGCUGUAUGCUGUUCUGGGUGCAGCUUCCCUGAUGGCAGGUUCAAUGAGGAUGACAGUCUCCCUGUGCGUCAUAUUUCUUGAGCUCACCAACAAUCUCCUCCUAUUGCCAAUAACAAUGCUUGUCCUUCUGAUUGCAAAAAGUGUAGGAGACUGCUUCAACCCAAGCAUCUAUGAAAUAAUACUGGAACUGAAAGGCUUACCCUUCCUGGAUGCACACCCUGAGCCAUGGAUGAGAAACAUCACAGUUGGGGAGCUGGCUGAUGUGAAGCCACCGGUGGUUACACUGAGAGGAAUUGAGAAGGUGGGGCGCAUUGUGGAGGUCCUCAAGAACACGACACACAAUGGGUUCCCGGUUGUAGAUGAAGGGGUGGUGCCUCCUAGAACAGCGCUGCCGAUUGGGGCAACUGAACUUCAUGGACUAGUCCUGAGGACUCACCUUCUGCUGGUGCUGAAAAAGAAGUACUUCAUGAGUGAAAGGAGGAGGACAGAGGAGGCAGAAGUGAGAGAGAAGUUUACCUGGAUAGACUUGGCAGAGAGAUGGGGGAAGAUUGAAGAUGUGGCUGUAACAAAGGAUGAAAUGGAGAUGUAUGUUGACUUGCAUCCUCUUACCAACACAACACCAUAUACAGUAGUCGAAAGCUUGUCAGUCGCCAAGGCCUUGUUGCUGUUUAGGCAGGUGGGGCUCCGCCACAUGAUCAUUCUACCCAAGUAUCAAGCAGCAGGGGUAUCUCCAGUUGUUGGAAUCUUGACCAGGCAAGACCUGAGGGCACACAACAUUCUGAGUGUGUUCCCUCAUCUAGCAAACUCAAAGGGAAGUAAAAAGGGUAACUAACCCUUCCUCUUCUCUCCACUCUCAUCUUCCAUUCACCAUUUAAUACGUACUACUCUUCUUUUUCCAAUUUUUCAUUCUUUCUCAGAGAUCACAAGCUUUGCUUUUAUCAUAAACUUUGAGUGUUACACACUGUCAAACAAUAACACAUUUCAUAAACAUAUGCUGCCUGCUGGGUUGUCUUUGGAAAUCUUCCCAACCUAAACCAUCCAUUUCUGCUGCUGCGUGUCAUACCUCUUUUCCUUGCAAUUAAAUAACACUUGUCUA